AUGGCGCAGCACCUCCCGAACUUGCCCUUCGCAGGCCAGCGUUACGUGCAAAAUCACCAUACGUUGUAUAUAUCUCCCUUCGUGGUUGUUCCCAAAUCGCCCGUCCCAGUUCCACGCCACGGGGCCCUCCGGCUACGUAUCUUCGCGAUGACAAUCGAUGACAAGCAAGCCAAGAAAGCCGGCAAAAACGAGCGGACACUCAACGACGCCGCGAGCGACAUUCGGGGUCGGAGUACCCUGGCCGACAUUACCUGGUUCGGGUUUGGCUCAGCUUCCCAAUCCGGCCAGCUAAUUGCAGCUAGUCCCUUGGUCUGGGAACUGUUGACUCUGACUGCCGCUGUCUCGCAUUCGCAUCGCCAACGGGCAGACAGGCUAGACAAGAUCUUUGCAGAUUUGGCUCGGUUGAUGCUGACGGUUGGUUCAUUGGAGACACCAAUCAACCACCGCUGCUUUAGACCGUACCGAACUCCCGGCACAAACUUUAACAGCAGCCCCAUAGCGCCGAAGACCGCAGCUAGCAGAUCGCUGUCCCGGAUUGUUGGGGGGAAGCAUGAGGGUGUGGGCGCCUUGCUUAAUUCUAUUGCGAAUUGGAAACAACAAGACUGCAUUCGACGAUCAUCAAUCUCGGCAGUAGGUGGGCUUGCGGCCGUGGCCAAAGGGGUGUCGUUUUGA